AUGUGUCAAAGGAAGUAUGCCUUAGAGCUUAUUGCUGAAUCAGGUUUAGGGGGAGCAAAACCUGCAGGUACUCCUCUAGAGUUCAACCAAAACCUCACUUCUGAGGAAUAUGACAAGUCUGUUAAGAAGGGCACUCAAGAGGAUCUCCUCAAGGAUCCAGGGCCUUAUCAGAGACUUGUGGGAAGACUAAUCUAUCUCACUAUGACUCGACCUGACUUAGGAUUUGUUGUUCAAGUACUAAGUCAGUUUAUGCACAGACCAGAGGUUUCACACAUGGAAGUUGCCCUUAGAGUAGUAAGAUAUGUUAAAGAGGAACCAGGUCUGGGCUUGUUCAUGCUUGCUCAGAACACCAAUCAGUUACUGGCAUACUGUGACUCAGAUUAG